UUCCCUCUCUCUCUACCUUGGGAAUACCGUAGCACCCUCCCUCCUUCCCCAACUUUCACUCUGUUCCUCCUUUUGGAAGAAAAUUAUUACGCCAACCUACUGUCAUUGUCAUCCCUCCCAGGACCAGCCAACUUACCCCGGGCCACCCCUCAGUCCCCCCCCAAAAAGCCGCCAAAGCUUUUUUUUUUUCCCACACACCCACCCACCACCGCUGCCACUCAACCUCGCAUAACUUAUAUAUCCAGCCGACCUCCCACACCCAUCUCACCCGCACUCUCUCGACUCCCUCAUCCACGCCCACUUACCACACCACAAGCAACAUACAGCAACUCGGAACCGCACUCACGAUACUCGAGUCCGGUUAUACAAUACACAUCGACGACUACCAUCGUCGACUACCAUUGGAAAGGACAGAAUAGGAGAAAGGGUUCGACCACUACCGCAAAGCGGCCCAGCUCUGGACUAUCAGGGCAAAUGGGCGAUCACAUGCAGCAGACACAACCGUCUCCUUUCAACUUUUCAAGUUUACUCAACCCCGAUAAGAACGACACAAUGAUGUCCGGCGAUGCCAUGGAAACUACGAGGCUUGGUCCUCUCAACGAGCUGAAGCCCAAGGGUCCUCUCCCCGGCCAGACCGCCGAGAACCCGAACGAGCUUCCGCGUCCCUACAAGUGCCCCUUGUGCGAUAAGGCCUUCCACCGCCUUGAGCACCAGACGAGACACAUCCGCACUCACACUGGAGAGAAGCCUCACGCUUGCCAGUACCCUGGCUGCAGCAAGAAGUUCUCCCGCUCAGACGAGCUCACCCGCCACUCAAGAAUACACAGCAACCCUAACUCGAGGAGAGGCAAGAACCAGUACAACUCUGGUCCUCAGCCCCAUUUGCCCCAGGACGGCAUGAUGGCUCCUCCUCCCGCACCCAAGACGAUCCGUUCUGCGCCUACGUCGAGCUUGUCCUCGCCCAACGUCUCGCCGCCGCAUUCCUUUUCUCAGUACGUCUUGCCCGCUCACCCGGGACACGGCAGCCCCUUUGGCCGCCAGAUGCAGGGCCAGUCCAACAUGGACAUCUCUAUCCUGGCAAAGGCUGCAAAUCAGGUCGAGCGUGAGACGCUCACCGCACCGCCUUUCCACGGCUCUUCUGCCAGACAUCACCCCUACUACUCCCACAGCCUGCACAACUCGCGCGGCCACCUUCCCUCUCUCUCAGCUUACCACAUGUCGAGAUCGCACUCCAACGAUGAGCACAACGAUGACCACUACGCUGGUUCUCGCCACGCAAAGCGAUCUCGCCCCAACUCGCCCAACUCCACGGCACCCUCCUCUCCUACCUUCUCCCACGACUCUUUGUCGCCUACUCCCGACCACACCCCUAUCGCUACACCCGCUCACUCCCCGAGACUUCGCCCCAUGGGCUACGAGCUGCCUUCUCUCCGCAACCUUUCCCUGCAGCACGCGGCACCUCCUGCUUUGGCUCCUCUCGAGCCUCACCUGGAGACUCCUUACUUGCCUCCCCCUCCCGCGCCUACCAGCGCCGGAACCCCCACUCGUAACGGUGCUUCUCUGGCAGACAUUAUCAGCCGGCCUGACGCCGGCCGGAAACUGCCAGUCCCCAAGAUUGGUGUUCACCAGCUUCUGGACGGAAACGAUGGUUUCCAGAGCGGCAGGAGUUCCACCACUGGCAGCGUUGCCGGCGGUGACCUCAUGGAUCGGAUGUAACGGGAACGACAACCUUAAAGUGGCAUGACCUGACGACCUGGGCAAUAGACGGGAUAGAAGAACAAUGGCGUUUCCGGGUAUUUUCGAAUUGGCAGAGUUAGCCGACCACGACUUCUUUAUCUAAUCACCAAACAACAAACAAACCAAAGAAUUCGAUGGGCUCCUCUUUCACAGUGGUGGCUACACUCAAUCUUAUAGACUCACUCCUACCUCGAUGGACGAACAACCAGAGAUCGGACAUACGACUCCACCCUCACCUCUCAACAACUACGAAAAGCAAAACUCAUUUUUCCUGUGUCCUUUUUUCUCCUCUCUUUCUUGUGUGUGAUGGAUAUAGGGAUUUUGUGAGUGAGUGUGUGUGUAUGAGAACGUCAACGGGUCGUUACAAAACCCGUCCUUUCUCAUCUGUGUCACGGAUUUGCUUGUAUCGGCGAUGCGGCGGAGACAAACCAAGAUAUCAACCUAUAGACGGCGGGAACAACUUUGGGCGGUGUACAUGAGAGGAUUUUCUUCCUCUCUGGGCGGGUUUUUUUUUGUUUUUUGAAGCGCAGAGACAGCGCUGACACUCUGGUCUACUGGUUUUUUUUUAUGUCUGGAUUUUCUUUACGACGAACGUCGCCGCUUAGGCUGGCUGGACGAAAGCUUGUUUUCUUUACAAUUGUUCUUAGAAAGAGAUUUACUCGAUAAACCCUCGACAAACUCGAGAAGGAGAAAUCCAAACAGAUCUUCCCCCCA